UCAGAUCCGGCAUUUAAAAUCGUUGCCCGCUCCAAUUGCUAUCGACGAAUUUUGGUGUUUGGAUAAGAAAAGGGGGGCUAGCAAGAUGAUGUAUCCAUCAGUAGCAAGCACAGAUCUUCAUGCAUCAUUCGGCAAUGAGCCGAUGACAUUGGGUUCCCCAAGCAGCCCCACCGGACACCCAUCCCAGUACCUGCCGGGUUACCUUUUAGGGGAUCCAGCUCCCCUGGUUACCUCUCCCGGUCACAAGAUGUGGUCAGCAGGAAGCCCCCCUCGCUCUCAGACCAGGAACUUAACCUCCCCCACCAGUGCUAACAGCAUGCUGGGUUCACACAAGGACAAAGGUGGAGCUCCUCCAAUCAAGAGCCUGUUUGACACAGUUGGGAGCCCAUCUGCAGCUGUCUCCAGCCCCUUCUCCAGACAUAUGACUAUGACUCAAGGCCCAGGAGGAUCAUUUAUGGGCUCUCCGGCUCCUCCCACCACAGGUUUAUCAAAAAGUUUUAACUCAAGUGCAUUGGCAUCAGACUCCAUGACGUAUUCAGCUAACCAGUCCAGAAUAUCACAGUCACCAGCACAGAUUGAUCCAUUUUACACACAAGGGGAAGCCCUAAGCACAGACGAUGUUCUUGAUGAAACUUGGGUCACUGUGUUUGGAUUUCCGCCUUCGGCAACAUCAUAUGUGCUACAGCAAUUUUCACAGUAUGGCAAUAUAUUGAAACAUGUUACCUCAUCAGAUGGAAACUGGAUGCACCUCCAUUACCAGUCCAAGAUCCAGGCAAAGAAAGCACUUAGCAAACAUGGUAAAGUGUUUGGAGGGAACAUAAUGGUGGGAGUGACCCCAUGUAUAGACAAGACAGUGAUGGUGGAGGAAGAGAAAGAGAACAGGUCCAUGAGCCAACUAUCAUUUAUGCAGACACCUGGAACCCCUAGCACAUCAUAUGUGGACUCUCCUGCCAUGAACAGCUCCCGUUACUCAGCUAUCCGACCACUCACAGCCACAUACAAAGCUGUUCGGAGUGAAAACGAGGUGCUUCCUGCCGGUCAUGCUCCACAGAAAAGCAAUAGUUUUAUAUCAAAGACAAUGGAGUAUGUUUUUGGCUGGUAGCAGGAAACGUACACUCUUAGAAAGCAGACAUGUUACCAUGGGCAAUAACUCUGUAUGUGAUACAACUGCCUAUGUUGUGAUAACUAAUGUUAUAUUUUCAUAUAUCAUGAUGGAGCAAAACCUGUAAACUUCAUCUUUGUAUUAGAGAUUAUGUCUAUAUGAUUCAAGAAAUGAAAGUGAUUGAGUGUGAACAAGAAUGGAGAAGGAAUGGUUAAUGGGAAAUUACAUGAAUAUUUUAUAUUUCAACAGACUCUGGAAGUGCUGUAGCUUGUUUAUAGCCCCACAAUGUCUUUUUAAUAAAAAUGUCUGAAACUUGCUUAUUUGUGAAUUUCUAAUUACUUAAAAUCUCGUCUUGGCAUGCCAUGGUAUGACAGUCUACAAACCAUAAUUCACCAAUUUCAUAUGCUAUUACAAGUACAUUGCACUGGAUAUUUUAUGAUUAAAAUAAAUGAACUGUAUGUAAAAAUGUGUAUGUGUUGUCAUUUGAAUGAACAGUCAUCCAGCACAUUUUACUCUCCUGAAAAUGUGGACUGGAUAUACACAUUUAGCAUUUGUAAGGGAAUGUGAUGUUAAAAUGACCAUUAGUUCAUGUUGACCUAUUGCUCACCAUGAGAUAUCAUGUUAGAAGGAAAGAAAGUCUGGUAAUCAUAAGUCUAGGUGGUGACACUGUGGGUGGAUGCACAAAAAGUUAAAGUU